UCUUCUGUUUAUGUGUUUUUUUUUACAAUUUCUUUCCCUUGUUUUUUUAAUUUAUUUUGCUCUUCUUCUCUUUCCCUUUCUCGUCCAUUAAAAAGCCGUCUCGAUCCUCCUCCUUCCUCCACCGCCCUCGCCAAUCCGCCCUCGCCAUGGCCGCCAACGAUGAAGAUUCCGGUAAAUCGUACCCUGAGAUGAUAAUGGAAGCGAUCGAUGCUCUGAACGAGAAGAACGGGUCGAACAAGUCGGCGUUGUCCAAGUAUUUGGAGGCCAGGUACAACGACCUGCCGCCGUCGCACGCGUCGCUGCUGACGGCGCACCUCGCCCGGUUGCGUGAAACCGGCGAGCUCGUCUUCUUGAAGAAUAACUAUUUCCGGCCGGGCCCAAACUCGCCGCCGAAGCGCGGCCGCGGGCGCCCUCCGAAGCCGAAGCCGGCGCCCACCCUCGGUGAGGAAGCCCCCUCCCCGCGUCCCCGCGGCCGGCCGCCCAAGCCCAAGGACUCUCUCUCCGUCUCCGUCACGAAGGUGACCUCCGGCAUCCCCCGGCCGCGCGGCCGCCCGCCCAAGUCAGCCGCCUCGCGUCCCGCCGCCAGCGUUCCCGUCGCCACCGGAGGCGUGGUCAAGCGAGGGCGGGGGCGGCCGCCAAAGGUGAAGCCCACCGCCGAGCCUGCUCUAGUGACUGACGCGGCAUGAUCAAACUGCAAAGUCAACUGCUAAUGCUGAUAUCUCAACUGUUCUCUUCUCCUUUGUUGCGUUGUUGGUAGUAAUCUAGAGAUGGAACUUCGUGGUCAAUGGUGGCGCUUGGAAUCUGCAUGUAAAUUAUGUGGAGCUGUUUGUAGUUUUCUGCUGUACGUAAAGUCACUGACCAAAACUGUUGCAGUGCUUCCUUCACUCUUCUCCUCUCGUGCAACUCUGCAUGCAAACUACUGCAUUUUAGUCUCUGUUUACUUCGUGGCUUUACAGAUACAAAAAAGUCUUCACUUUGUGUUGUGUGGUCA